UAAACAGGUUGUUGCGGAAGUGUUGGAGAUGUGUUUUCUGUGAGUUUGCGGAGUUUGCGCGGAUGUGCGCGGCUGCGCUGAUCUGCAAGCUGCUGCGCGCAGGCGGUGAGCGCGGGCUAUGAUGUGUAGAUCUGCGCUGAGCCGAGCGCGCGCUGGUGCGUCACCGUGAACUCCGCCGCCGCGCUGCGGGAGAAACAGAAACUAAUCGGGGUUGAUCAGCGGGGCUCCAGCGCGCUGUGAGCGGGAGGAGGAUGGAGGAGAGCGGGGGGUUUCAGAGCCAGUUCAGCGCGCUGAUGGACAGCGUGCUGCAGACGGCGGUGGCGGAGGCGACACGGCUGUUCGAGCGCACUUUGCACCAACUCAAAGCCGAGCUUCUGCACUUGAGGCAGGAGAACGUGGACCUGAAGUCCGGGCUUUACACCCGCCAGUUAAAGACCAGGCACACUGGAGACGCAUCUCAGAGGAGCGACCCCUCACCAGGACCACCCAGAUGUGAUGCUGAAGUGCAGUGUGAAAAGCCACUCAUGGUUGAGAGAUGCUGUAGCCCAGCACAGUUUGGUGAACACCCUCUUCAGCUACAGCAUAUCACCAGUGAUAGUCUCGCAGAUUUGUGUUCCAAUGCUUCAGAGGAUGGAAAUCGACAGCUGGCUUUGCUGCUCAUUAAGAAAGAGCCUCAGGAGGCUGACUGUGAUGACUAUGCACCUGGAUACUUUCUCCUGAAACAAGAGGGCGCAGAACCAAUACUUGUUCGUAAAGAGCCUUUUAAGAACACGCUGGAAAGAGUUACACUUCCAUCAAAAAUCCAAACAGUCACCAGAUGCUGUGAAAAAAACAAAGAGAUAUCAGUUGCUACUACUGUGUCAACCACUAAUGUAACCUCAACCUCUAAUUCAGUGUCCUGUGGCCAAAGAGUGGACUCAUCAACUAACAAAAUCACACCGACUACCCAGAGUACAACUACAUUAAGAGGUUUGACUCCUCCAAGUGAUAAAGAUGGACAAACAAGCUCUACAUCCCCUAAGACAUCGCCAACUGUACCAGAGCAAACAGCGAAUUCACCUCAGUCAUCAAUUCCUGCAUCGACAUGUACAACAACAGUCUCCCUGUCUUCAACCAGGACUCAUCCAACAGCUCCCACAGUUUCUCUUCAAUCAAAUCGGCUCCCUGAGCCACAAGCCAAUCUCAGUACCCCCCAAUCUCAGCAAAUUGUUAAGAAUAUCCAGCGUCCAGUUGCAGGGUCACACCUUAGUCCUCAGCCAGUGCGACUCCCUUUUUCUCAACGACAGAAUCUAGGUACAAACUCUCGCUCUUCUAUUCGGUCAUAUCAAGCAUCAGUUGCAACUGCAGACAAAAGAGUUCCUCCAGCCCUAGUUAGACAAACCGUAACACCACGAGCUCAGCCCUGCACUCAGCCCAUACGACAUUCACUCCCUCCAGUUGAAUCGGUUAUUCCACGCCACAAGAGGAUGACCAAACUUAGUCAUUUUCCCGGUCCUAGAGUCCAGACUCCAUUUUCUCCAGGCCAGCGCACACUUCUGUCAGGCCAGGCUCCUAAGCCACUCUCUCAGCCUCCACCAAACCACGUCACAAAUCCACCUGUCCAAGGCCAAAUCCCAUCAUUCCCUGGCCCAGUUUCUCCUUUCAAAGGCCCAGGGGCACAUUUUCCACGGGUGCGAGGUUCUCUUCCUCCUGUCCAAGGUAGAGUUCUACCCACCAAAGGCCCAGCUCCACCGGUACAAACCCCUCUCCCACCUGUCCAAGGCUUACUUCCACUUGCCCAAGGCUCUGUUCCACCUCACCCAGGCCAACGUCUACUUGUACAAACCACACUUCCAUCUAUGCAAAGCAGAGCUCCACCCAUCCAUGGCCCAGUUCCACAGGUACAAACCCCUCUUCCAUCUGUCCAAGGCUUACUUCCACCUUCCCAAGGCUCAGUUCCACCUUACACAGGCCAACGUCUACCUGUUCAUGGCUCAGUUCCAACUGUCCAAGGCUCAAUUCGAUCUGGCCAAGGCUCAGUUCCACCUCACCCAGGCCAAAUUCCACCUGUUCAAAACUCAGUUCCUACUGCCCAAGGCUUGGUUCCACCUAACCUAAGCCAACAAUCACAUGUCCAAAACCCAGUUUCAUCAGUUCCUGGCCCAGUUCUACCUAUACAACCCCACCUUCCACCUGUCCAAGGCUUACCUUCACCUAACUCAGGCCAACAUCCACAUGGUCAAAGUCCAGUUUCAUCCAUCCAAAGCCCAGUUUCGUCUGUUCAAAACCAAAUUUCAUCUAUUCAUAGCUCAGCAUCAUCUAUUCAAGGCUUAGUUCCACCUAUCCAUCUUCCGGUGCCCCCAGCCCAUGCUCAAGUGUACGCUCGGUCAAAUGAGAACCUUCCACCACACUCACAGAGCUUUAAUAUUCAAUCUCAUUUUCCUUCUGUUCCUCAUCAUCAUAUAACACCAUCAACCCAGCCAUUUUAUCCACAGACUCAGAUCCCAUUUACCCAGUCCUACAUUCCACCUCAGUCUUCUGCUGCCCCAGCCACAAUUUCCCAGACUAAUGCUCCAUCGCCACUAGACAAAACACCAGUUACUACAUCCCACUAUCAAAUGCUGUCUGACUCUCUUUGUUCUUCAUCAGACCAGUUUUUCCCUCCACCUGACAGUACACUAGACUUGCCUCCCAUGCCUUUCCAGUCACCAAUUGUCUUAACCCAGCAGGAAGCUGCAUUAGAGCAGCCAUCCAUGGUCCAGUCACAAACAUCUGAGCAACCUUUGCAGCUAGCACCACUUCUUACUUUAAAGGAACAGCAAUUAGCAGCUUCCAACCAAGGCAAUGUGCCUAAGAGAGUACCUUCAAUGCCUGUGGACAUAAUAGGCUCUGGUGUUAGUAAUUUUGAAGAACCUAUACAGAGGUUUCUUCCUUGCUCUGGCCAAACAAUCAAUUGUGAGGGCAAAGAUUUCAUUACCAAUGAGAUGCACAAUGAUAACUCAAAUAACUCAAAAAAUGAACAGGAUAGCAGUACAGCACUCACGUCUGGGGUGAGAGAACAUUAUAUGGUUCUUUCCAAGCCAGAGCCAAAUUCAUCAUCCAGGAUUCCUCAACAGUCUUCCGGGCAAUCCUUGCAGCUUGCACCACUUUUAACCCAAAAGGAACAGCAAGCAGCAACAGGCUCCAAUCAAGGUAGUAUGUCUAAAGGAGGACCUACUGUACCUGGGGAUAUAAUGAUGUCUGGAGUCAAUAACCUUGGUGAGCAUAUGCCAAAUUUUCUCCCUGGCUCAGGUCCAACUAUCAAUUGUGAGGGCAAUGAAUCCAUCACUAAUGAGAUUUUCACUGAAGACUUUUCAGAAAAUGACCAGGACAGCCAUGUAUCAUUUAUGCCUGAAGAACAUUAUAAGUUUUUUUCCAAACCUGAGCCAAAUUUCAGAGGGAUAGAGGGUCCACAAAUAGACAGUGAGGUUUCUGACAAGAACCCGACUGGAUGCAAUACAGCUGGUGUAGUUUGGGAAUCGACUGACUCAUCUAGUACAUUACCACAUUCAGCUCUUAGUGCCUCAGCACCAAGCAGGGCUCACACUCUGCAGAAAGCUUCACGCAGAGUACUGGAGAGAAACACUGAGUGUUCUGAAUGUGGCAGGAUUCUCAGCAAUGCAUCUUCACUUCAGAACCACAUGAGGCUCCAUAGAGGCGAGAGGCCGUACAACUGCUCUCAGUGCGGAAAGGCCUUUCCCAGUGUCCGAGGCCUCAACCGACACAUGAAGGUCCAUGCAGCGGAGAAAGGUUACAAGUGUGAGGAGUGUGGCAGGUGCUUCGUUUACCAGUUCACACUAACGAAACACAAGCUCAUCCACUCGGGAGACAGGCCCUACCCCUGUAAAAUAUGUGGCAAGAAGUUCUUGGCCAAGGCAGACAGGACCACUCACAUGCGCAUGCAUACAGGCGAGAAGCCGUUCUACUGUACUCAGUGUGGGAAGUCAUUCAAGCAUAGAGUCGCACUAAACAUGCAUUUGCAGGGACAUAAAGGUGAGAAGCGUUAUGUGUGUCCGCACUGUGAUAAAGGCUUUGUAGACUUGGGUAAUUUUAAGAGACAUAAGCGUAUCCACACAGGGGAGAAACCUUUCGAAUGCAAAGCCUGUGGUAAGCGUUUUACUCAGUCUGCUCACCUUAAGAAACAUGCCAACACACAACAUGCAGUCUCAAAAAUAAAUCCACCUUAACUAGUCAGUGUAAGCUAUGAAAUAGAAUUAACACCAAAUUGCUUUAGAAGUAUAAAAUCAUUAAAAGAAAAUUGUUGCACCUAGAAAGAAUCAUCUCUUACCAGUAAGCCAUCAAUGGCCAAUAUCUGCCCAGGAUCUGCAGGAACAUUCAACGUGCAUGGAAUGCAUUAUUGCAAAGCAAAAUUAGGAACCUCUACAACUUCAUGCAGAGAACUCUGGCAUUACACAUUCAUUACACACUACUUCUGUAAGUGUACCUCAAUAUAUAUGAUCAAGAGUCAACCUUAAUCUGCAUAGCAUUUCAAUCUGAAACUUCCUUCUGGGUGCAGCUAUUUUUGCAACUACUUGUUUGACGAGUGUAUUUGUGCAAAGUUUACUGAUUAAUUCAGACAUUUUUUUCAAGAAUUUCUUCAAAUGUUAAGCCAAUUAUUGCUGUUUCCUUUUUUAUUGAAUUCUGAUUUGUUCUAUGCUGUGAAAGUGUCCACUGUAACAGAGUGCUAAUGCCAGAAAGAUGCCUUAAACCUUUCAUGUCACAUGUUUACAUUUUACUUUAGGGAUUUGAAGGUAAGAGUAACCACAUGAUGAGCUUUUUUAACGCAAUAACCAAUUUAAUUCUAAGAAAUCAAUGGUCUUACACUGGUUUUGUGUUUUUUUGUAUGAAGUUAAAUACUUGAGUUGAACUUGUCCAGUCUUAUACACAACAAGCCAGUGAGAUUUCAGAGUUAUAUUCCACCUGAUUAACGUUUAAAGACUGGGAUCAACUGAUUAAUCCAGUGGAAUCGGGUGUGCUUUGGCUGGGUUGGAAUGAAAACUGCAGCCAUACUUGGGGCCCCGUUUGAACGAUAUUCAACCGAGCUAUCAACUGCAAACUUUGCAGCUUGAUUAUGGAGUGUCAGUGUGUCUUUGGUAUCAUAAAAACGGAAAAAGUAUGCCUUUCACGACACAAAAUGUACAAAAGGCAUGUACUAAUUCUCCUAAUUAGGGCGUAGCAUGCAAAAAAAAAAUCAGCGAAUCACCUUUGUUUUCCAUUGCCAUUCUAGCAAUAUGCUAGAAAUUUACCUGACCACACCUCAUUUCCAGACCACCACGCCCAUCGUCGUAGAAUUAUUCAGAAGCACUGUUGCUAUUUAAACAAUGCAGGUGGAAGGUGGGAAAAUAAACUGUUGGUGGGGUGUAAGAUAGCAAAAAAAUAUUGAGCAGGGUGUAAGUUCUAAAGAUCGGACACCACUAGGUAAAAAUACUUAGUCAGAUAAAAACUGUGAAAAAUGUGGGGGAUUUAAACUUUUGAUAUUUUAACUUGAAAAAUCAGUGACAGCAUUAAAAAUUUGAGUUAAGUAAAAUAUCAUUCUGCUUAACUCAAAGUUUAAAGAUGCUUUUUAAAAGAAUCAUCUGUUUUAAAAGUAUAUUAAUUUACAAUCACAGAUACUCUGAAUUUAAAAUGCAAGUAAUGCAAAGAAAAUGUGUUUUUUUUUAAAUUGCAGAUUUCACCAUUCGGGUGUUUUCUGCCCUUUUCUUUUCCUGAGUCAUCAUGCAUUUUGCUGUGAUGAACACUGAAGGCAAGAUCAUGACCAGAUCAAAUCAGAUCAUGAGGUAGCAUUUUUUUAUGUAUAUUGUCUAAAUGACUAAAAAAGAUCCUGUACAUUUCAGAUUUUAAUUUAUUGAUAGCCUAAACAGUACUAAACUAAAUAGUUUGUGAUCUCAGUGCUUGAUUUAUCUGGAAUACUUUACUUCACAACAAUACCUUACUACAGAACUUCAGUACCCAUAAGAAGAUUGUUCAGCUUUGUCUAUGCAGUUUGUUUUUAAGGAGAUUCUAAGAUACUUGCUGAAAAACACCAGUGACAUUUUAUUUAUUACGUUGCUGUACAUAUUAUAGUUGUUCUCUUGAGCCUGUUAGUUUGUGUGUGAAGUAUUAAGCCAUAAUUGUUGUCAUUAAACAGAGACUGAGCUUUGUUUUCUUUCUUAACGUCUGUCCGAAGAAGCUGCUAUGCACUGAUGAAGCCAAAUAAAGCCUGCUUUCUAUUUCCUGCA